ACUUUAAACGCGCGAAAGUCAGGCGAGGCACCGGAGCCACUAUCCCUCCCAGCAGAGCUACAGCAGGCAGUCAGUCGUCCCUUAGCCCCAAACGCCUAAACCUAAAGAUGCAGGUCCACCAGGCUGUGUUUGGAGCCUCCGUGCUCGGCAUGCUGUUGGCCAUCGGAGCCUCCCUGCCCGUGCUGGAUGUCAGCUCCGGCAUCGACAACGCCACCAUCGAGGAGCUGAGGGCCAGCGUCAACGAUACCCCCAAGAAUCUCUAUGUGGUCAAGGCGGUGGUCUACGAGAUCGGCAUCCUGACGGAGGUGGGCGAGAAUGACACCAGUUUCGAGAGCCAGGAGCGCGUGGAUCUGACCUUCUACGACACGCACAGCAACAAGAGCCACAUUGACCUGGGCAACAUCCCGCUGCCCAUCCAGACGAACGUCACCGGUCAAGUGCUGACCGGCAUUGCGCCCGUGAAUCUGGGAGCCUUCAGCAGCCCCCAGGAACUCCUGGAAACCCUGCCCCUGACCGGAAGCAUUGUGAACAUCACGCACAGCGACACCGCCUUCUAUCAACUGAGCAGAUCGAACACCAGUGCCGCCGACAAGCCACAGAUCCUGGAUCAGGAUGCGCUGUCCAAGCUGACGCAUGCGGCCCAGUUGUUCCCACCAUCGUCCCAAAUUGGGAAGUCAGUGCCAGUGAACCCAGCCGCCGAUAACGAGGUGCCCCAGACGGAACCCGAGGAUUAGGCUCGCUAACUAACUCCGCGGAAUCUCAUCGUGAUGCAGUGCGUUGCUCUCCAUGCAAUCUAUAAAUACGUGUAUACUCUAGAUCUACUUAGUUUUAUGGCUUCACACUUAAGUACCUACAGUGCUAGAAAAGACUGGACGAGGACAAGAGAUCAGCACUAUUGCCUUGGUCUCAUCACAAGGUUGGAAUUUCACUUUUCUAUUGCAAAGUAAAAAUAAAUUUCGCAUUAGUGCUAGGUAAA